AUGAAUAUCAUAUAUAAAAUUACAAUUUGUUUAAUAUUAAUACAAUUAUUAUUUAUAUCGAAUGCAAGAGCCGAUGAUGACGAGUAUGACGAAUGUUGUAUCGGACAAAUGGUCAAUGGUGUUCCAUCGUGCUCUGGAAAAAUCAAGGAUGCCAAUAAAUGGUAUAAAUUCGUUUGCGAUGACAAAGAAAUAGGUGUUAUCAAUAACAAUAGUACUCUGGUCUGUGAUGAGUGUUCUCUCAAAGCCACUAAAAGAUUGGUCAUUCUCCUGGCAGUUCUCAUUCCGAUUCUGGGUCUCAGUGUCUGUGCAUGCAUUGGUGGUGGUAUCUACUGUUGCUGCAAACACAGAAAAGAAAAGAAAUCUCAUCACAAUAAAUUAUUAAAUAGAUAUUAA